AUGAGCUGUGGAAAAGUAGUCUGCAAGGCAGAGAAUCACAAUAGCAAGAGCAUGCUGGAGACUAUAGGAGGUGUUGACACCACGGGUUACAAGAAGUGCAAAGACCUUGGGUCUUUUGAGGCUUCUGGAAAGGAGGUCUGGCUGAUAAGAGCACCUCGCGGACUGGAUAUCAGCGAGAUCAAGUCCCUGCCCGUGGACUUCACAGGUGAAAGCCAUGCAACCUUCGAAAGCAAAGGUCUAAAUUUCGAGGUUCGCGAGGAUUUACACGACACUGGCUCUGGUUUGUCGGUGCUUGUACCAGCUGAUAAAAAGACGCUGGUAAGCGGUGCGAAAGUUGACCGUCUAUUCACCAUCAGCGAGACAGUUGACAUCGCUCAAAAGGCCGAGAACGGGAAGCGUAAGGUUUCAGAGUCAAUCGAAGAGGCGGAGGCACCAGUAGAACGCAAAAAGCAUAAGAAGGACAAGAAGGAGAGCAAAGACAAGAAGGAGAAGAAGGAUAAGAAGGACAAGAAGGAUAAAAAGCACAAGCAUAAAUGA